AUAUCUCUGGAGAAGAGACAGCCUAAAGAUUUUAUAAGUGUGGAGAGUAAAUCUCAUGCAUUUCUUCUUGGUUUGAUAAGGAAGAAAAUAUAUGAUGACCAGACUUUCCAUGUCUUGCAACAGUUUGACUCCUCAUCCUCAUCCUGCAGUACCAAUUAGCCCUCAGCUUACCUCAACCAUAACAGGCAUAGAGCAGAAGAGGCCCAGAGCAGUUGCAGUUUUUGCAGCAAAAUCUGGAGGAUUUUCACUCAACUCUUUCUUGAAAAAGUGUGAAACCUGUGGAGGUAAAGGUGCAAUUGAAUGUCUAGGAUGCAAGGGAACGGGAAGAAAUAAGAAGAAUGGGAAUAUUUUUGAGCGAUGGAAGUGUUUUGAUUGCCAAGGAUUCGGACUAAAGGGUUGCCCCACCUGUGGACAAGGAGGACUAACACCAGAACAGAGAGGAGAAAGAUAAAAAAGAGUUUGAUGAAAGAAAAAGUUACCCUAUUUCAAAGGCGGCUCAUGACAUGUGCGGACUGUGCGACUGCACAGGGCCUCCAAAUAUUUUUAAAAGCCCAGAAUUAUAUUAUAUUUUCUGCUACGUUUCAUUCUAAGCAAAUUUUUAUUUCAAAACAUUAUUUUUUAUUCCUAACGUGCAGAUUUUUGUUCCAAGCAUUAACAAAUUAAAAAAAAAUACUCGUGAGUCAUGCGUGCAUGCGGCAUGCUCUCCUUGCUAUUCCCAAA